AGACCACUUUCACUAUCAUACAGAAAGAAGAGGCCUGAUUCUGUACAAAGUUGGCAUUGGUAUCUAAAAUGGCUGGUCAUGAAGAGAAGACUGUUACUUCUGAUGCCAAAUCAGGGAAUAUGAUUUUCGAGCCUAUCCUGGAGGAUGGAGUUUUUCGAUUUGAUUGCUCAUAUCCCAGUCUUUCAUUCACCAAUGCUAAGGAUAGGGACACACCAAUCAUCAGUCAUCCAGUUCCCUCAUAUAUCCCUACUUUUGAAUGUGUUUUAGGAAAGCAGAUUGUCAAACUUGAGCUUCCCAAUGGCACCUCCUUCUAUGGAACUGGAGAAGUUAGUGGACCACUUGAGAGGACAGGGAAGAGAGUUUUCACAUGGAACACAGAUUCAUAUGGUUAUGGUCCUGAAACUAUGCCCUUGUAUCAAUCACAUCCUUGGGUGCUAGCUAUUCUUCCAAAUGGAGAGGCACUAGGAGUUCUUGCUGACACAACACAAUGUUGUGAGAUUGAUUUGAGGAAGGAAUCAAUUAUUCAAUUCAUUGCUUCAGCCUCAUAUCCUGUCAUUACAUUUGGUCCGUUUGCUUCUCCCACUGCUGUCCUGAAAUCGUUAUCUCAUGCAAUUGACAUACAAUAUAUAGCUUAUGGAAUGAAUUUAACCAUUGAAAAUUGA